CGCUUGCGCACUGCGUCAUCUUAUCACUUAUGAAUCAGCUGAUGAGAAAGAAGUAUUGUUGCCGAAGUUAAAGUAAAAAUUACAAAAUAUGUCGCUAAACACAGCACACACUAAUGGCGGUGUUCUUAUACACGCUGGAGAAUGCAUACUACUAUUUUGCGACAAUGUCACGAUGGAAUUUCAUGGGCAAGACCAGCCAGAAUUUAUUGGUACCAAACGGGGACGGUUAUACUUGACCACACACAGGAUGAUUUUUAAUGCUAAAGAUCAAAAGGAAAAGAUGCAGUCUUUUAGUUUCCCAUUUGUAACAUUAAGUGAAGUUGAAGUGGACCAGCCUAUGUUUGGUGCUAAUUACAUUAAAGGCAAAUGCCGUGCUCAACCAAAUGGCAAUUGGGUCGGAGAAUGUAAAUUCAAAUUGCAUUUCAAGAGCGGCGGUGCGAUAGAAUUUGGGCAAGCUAUGUUAAGAGCAGCAUCAAUGGCUCAACGCAACGGUCCUGGAUCAGAUGCACCACCACCGUAUCAACCACCAACAUCAAAUUGGUACGCUGCACCGCCACCUGCCUACCAAGCUGCACCAACUGGGUAUUAUGGUUGGGUACCUCCAACUAAUGUAUUUCCAGAUGUGCCACCAGCAAACACUGUAUUUAUGACGGAUAUGCCUCCUCCAUAUCCUGGUAUAAAUGCACCUUAUCAAGGGUAUGCAAGCAGCGCACCACCGCAAGGAGCAUGGGGAAGUUCUACUCAACAAUCUGGCUGGACACCACCGCAACAAAAUGGAGCACCAGGGUGGGCUAAUCCAAAUUAUAAUGCCCAGCCAAUGUCUCAAGCAGGUGCGUAUCCAAAUUAUGGCCAACCACCACAAUACAAUAAUUACUCAUCAAAUCCUCCGCCAUAUGCUGCCUAUCCUCAAGGUAGUAAUUACGCACAAUCGGGUUAUUAUCCUCAACAAAAUCCUUAUAAUCCUUAUCCGCGCAAUUACUAAUGACACAAAAGAUGUAAUAUAAAUAUUUUUUUUUUAUACACGCAUGUUAACAUAACUUCUGUUUCAUAUACUGUGAAUAACAUUAAAAGUUUCAACAAUGCUUUUUAGUUUAUAACAAACAAAACACAAUAUACAUUUACAUGAUAACAUUUUUAAAGAAACAUACAAAUGCAUAUACUCCUUAAUAUUCUCUAUAACACAAUUUGAGAUUACAUGCUAAUACAGUAUACACAUCUUAAUAAAACUAUUCAAUUACUUUUAACUACUUUUUUUUAUCAAAUGUAUUAUAAAUAAUGAACAAAUAAUUACUUAUUGUUGUCAUGUAUGAUAAUAAAGUAUUAUGUUUUUGUUGCCUUAUUCUAGAUUUAUAUAAAUAUUAUAAUACAACAAACAAAUUAUGUUAUUAAAAUUUAGUCAAAUACAA